UCUUCUACUCACAUUUGCAAUAGAGGCAAUUUGCUGUGGCCAAUUAACCUGCCAAAUUGCACACCUUGGGGAUGUGGGAGGAAACUGGAGCAGCCGGAGGGAACCCAUGCAGUCACGUAAAGGAUGUGCAGACUUCACACAAGUCAGGUUUUGUCUGGGAAAUAAUUGGCACAUAUUUAUGAAAUCAUCAACGGGACAGACGCUUUGGUUUAAUGCCUCUGGAUUUGACGCACAACUAUGAGUCUGAAAUUUGAGGAUGAAGACAGAUUUACUAAUAACUAUGAACAACCUUUAUCACUGUGGAAACUAAUAGAGGAAUGUGUCCCUCCAUGUGAGAGAGAUGAAAUCAGGGUAAUUCUGGGAGAAUCAGCAGUAGAUCUCACCCUGGAUUUGCAUGCAGAGGUGGCUAUGCUGUUGGAAAUCUGGCGAUCGAUGAAAACAAGCAGAUUGACUCCCUCUCAUUCACAAGCCUCACAUGCAGUGUUACCAGAAUCUCCUGCCAUCAAAGAUUUGCUUCGCCAUGAAAUUCAGCUUCUACUUUUAAAUAUUCAAAACAAAGCGCACAAAGAGGGCAGGGAUGAGAGUGACGCUCUUUCAUCUUACAAUCAUGAUGUUGUCAGCUUUGCACUGGGACAAAAUAAAGCUGCGUAUACACCAAGUAGAUCUGUAAAUGCAGAGAGUAUGAAAGACAAAUGGAUGGUACUGCAAAGCUCUCAAACUACCAACAACUUUGAAAAUGAAAGUUUUUCAAGUCUUUCUCACUUAAAGGAUAAUGUGGAAGCUGUAAAGGACAAGGUUAAUGUUACAAAUAUUGACAAGAUUGUGGCGCAUUUACAAUCUAUUUUACAAGAAGAGUCCAAAAUCUUGGAGAAAUAUAUCCAGUUCUUACAGGAGUGUUUAGAAGAAGAACAUAAUUGCAGCUUGGACCCUAAGAUGCAAACUGCAGUGCCAUCGAUUGCAGAACUGCGAGAGGAACGGAAAAUACUAGAAAGGGACCUGCAGCUGGCAACACCAUCAGUACAAAGUCUGGUACAGGUUCACAAACUGUAUGGGUGCAGAUCCUCCCAGAGAUCCUGCAGGAGAACAGUGAGAUUGAACAAUCCAGCAGUCAACCCAUCAGAAGGAGGUCACUCUUCAACGGUAACAUCUGGCCAGUCAGAACCAGAUCUGGAGCAGAGAAUGAAACAGCACAGUACAUCACCUCUGGGCGAAUCCGGUGCUAGUGGAAUGAAAGAUAGUUCUACAAAAUUGAAAUAUUCUGGAAUAUUCACUACAUCAUCACAGAGAUUCUCUUGUAGGACUAUGGACUUAUCAAAACCUACUUACCAUAGCAAGGGAGCAUCAACAACAUGUCUUGCAUCCAAAGGUGCAUGUAGUCCUGUGGCUUGCUCUGAGGUGAAAACUCAGAGUAAAACUCAACCACAGAAAAUGGAUGAUAAGUCAAGGGCUUUAAGUGCAAACAAAAUAGAGUCUGCAUGUGAAAGAACUUUUAUAGAAGAAUCACCAUCAUUUCAAGAGGAAGGACAAAAGGCACUGGUGUAUUCCCAAUCAGCCAAUGGUUUUCUAAUGGGUCAGCAGUCAAUUGUUUCUUCCACCCAGACUGGAGUUCAUUGCACCACAGAAAAUAACAGAACAUUGUUAUCAAGUUUGAGAAGCCCUGUUGAAGUAUUAUCUUCAAUUCCUCAACAGGAUGGUCAUAUUCUUAAUCCAGCACCACCUACCACUGAGAAGCCCAUUGGUACUCAGGGCAAGUCAACACACAGAUUGAGAAGAGCCUGCAGAGACAGCCUUACUGGUCAUACAUAGAAUGAGGCCGGUCUCCAGUGAAUUAGUCCCAGUUUAGAAGUGUGGUUUGAUUUGAAAUAACCAAUCUGUUAUUUCAAUUACAAUUCAAAAAAUCUAGUUUAUAGCCAAUGUUCCUAAGACUGGCAUUUUGAUUAAUUUACUUCCAUUCACUACCUCAUGUUUUAAAUUAUGUUGUGUGCUAAA